AUGGAGGCCCUCUCCCCGCGCUCAACAAACCAACUGAUAAAACCAAAGCUGGCCAUGGAUCGCAAGGCUUUGGAGAAGAAUGUUGCACCACCGAGUAACCAGCAGAAGUCUGCGCCGUCUAAGAAUCAUGCCGACCCACCGCCGCCCAUAGUCACAGAGCCCGAGGAUGGCGGGGAGCAAUACUCGAUGGGUGGAUUCCUGGGCAAAGGUGGAUUUGCUGUGUGCUAUGAGGGCACAUUGGCACGAAAUGGGCGGGUAUAUGCUAUGAAAGUCGUGAAGUCGGAGAUGCCUCAAAAGAAGAUGGAAGAGAAGUUUCGAACCGAGCUUCAGAUUCACUCGAAGAUGCGCCACCCUUUCAUCGUCCAGUUUUAUCGCGCGUUCGCUUUUGAAUCAAGCACAUAUGUUGUCCUGGAGCUAUGCCCGAACGGGUCAGUAAUGGAUAUGGUGCGAAAACGCCGUUGUUUGAGCUUACCAGAAGUGCGUCGGUUCAUGAUUCAGCUCUGUGCUGGUGUUAAAUAUCUUCACAAACGAUUUGUCGCCCACAGAGACUUGAAGAUGGGUAACUUGUUCCUCGACCAAAACAUGAAUAUCAAGAUCGGAGAUUUCGGACUGGCUGCGAUGAUUCUGUCCGAGAAGGACGCUAAGCGACGGAAUACUUUGUGUGGUACACCUAACUAUAUCGCUCCAGAAGUUUUGGACAAGAGCAAAGGUGGUCACACACAAAAAGUCGACAUUUGGUCCUUGGGUGUGAUAUGCUUUGCCAUGCUUACUGGAUACCCGCCAUUUCAGUCAAAAACACAAGAGGAGAUAUACAAAAAAGUCAGGAACUUGAAUUACGUGUGGCCCAAAGAAUCGGAGACAAACAAUUUCAUACCCGAGGAAGCAAAGGACUUGGUUGCCGGUUGUUUGAAUUUAGUGGACGAAGAACGGCCGGAUCCAGAUGAUAUCGUCGAGCACGCAUUCUUCAACAUGUACGACGGUUGUAUUCCCCGUCAACUGGACCCCGCAACUCGAUUUAAUAAGCCGCUGUGGCUCAAAGACGCUUCACCAAGGGGUGAUGCUGUGGUAAGCGGUUACGGACUGGACUCCGAUGAGAAACUGCGAGCCUAUGUGUACCAGGUGGAUGACCCCACCCAGCGAUACUAUUCCUGCAAGGCAGCAUUUUACUCCCUCUGCGGGGUGGGAAGGAAACCCGAUGGAAUGCCACGGAAAUCGGUCGGUAGGAAUUGCUCCAAGUCAGCCUUUUCUGAGUGUGAUGUAGAGGAUUCCAGAGGCUUGCGGCCAGUAAUCCCCUUGUCACCGGACUUUGUCUAUCGAUGGCCACAUGAUCUUGACGGAGAUUGGUGCUUGUUGGAGACAUCUCGGAAGGUAGUACGGGCCGACGAGUCGAUGUUCAACAGUAGCACGAUGUCUACGAUGUCUGCACGGAACGUCUCGUCUCGGCCCAACCCCAUUGCAGCCUCGCGCACCAAUGCCGCCCUCGCUGCUGCCCAACAGCGCCGGAUGGAAGGACAGAGCCACGCUGCAACACUGCGACAACAGGCCCGUGUACCCCCCCCUCUCUCCCCCGAAGAGCCCCUGGAAUCAGCGAUCCCCCAACCUCGUCCAGGCCUUACCGUGAUCUCCCACCCCCAGAGCCAAAGGCUUCAGCCGCAGAAGUGCCAGCGGGAGGACUAG